GUUUUUGUUUUUUUCAUGACGAGGGAGGAAGUAAUUCCCCCCAAGUCCCUCCCUCCUUGCCUGCAGACUUCCACCGUCCUGACGCUGCCUCUCCUCGCCUCCAGCAUGGCGCGUCCCUCCGACUUAUUCGCCGUCUACGUGGCUUUUCCAGUCGUCUUCCUCCUUGCAUUCCUGCCCGGGACUUUUGCAGACUUGGACGCUCCAUCGUCGCUACUGCAGCCUUAUGAUUUCUUGUACUACAAAGGAGUUCGGGCGUACUUCUGGGGAGAGUGGGCCAAGGCUGCAGAGAUCCUGGAGAGGUCCAUCGCGACCAAGGAGGCUCUGGUCGAACAGCGACGACUGUGCCACGAGGAGUGUGUGUCUGCAGGGAGACAUGCUCGACAACACCUGGACAGUGAAGAAGGGAGCCUGUGGGACCUUUGGGCCCUGGACUGGAUACAGAAGAAGGCAGAGUGUUUGAGGUUCUGUAUGGGACGCUCUGUCUCUCCAGUGGGACAACUUCCUGUUUCUACAGACAUUGAUUAUGAGUUCAGUUCUAGGAACCCUUACAACUUCCUGCAGGUUAUUUAUUUCCAGAUGGAAAAGUUGCAAAAGGCAGCGGCAGCAGCUCAGACUUACUUUGUGGCCAACCCCAAUCACCUGGAGAUGAGGAACAACAUUGAGAAGUACAGAAGGAUGGAGGGAGUGACCGACGAAGCCUUUCAGGACAGAGAAACAGAGAGUGAAAAGCACUGGGUGCUGUACGACGCCGCACUCCAGCAUGAGGCGUUAUCUGAAUGGGCACAGGCGGCCGAAGCGUGGCGAGCGUGCGUGAACCAAACGCUGCGUCACAUAGAAGAGUGCAGGGUGCAGUGUGUGGUCGCCAGCCAGCGCCUGCCUGAGGACAGGGGAGUUGACAGCAUGGACGGCGUGUUCGAGAAAGCCGCUGCACUUUCCCUGUCGCUGCUGUCUUGUCAGCAGUGGUGUGUGACACAGGUGGCAACACGUCCUGGUAGGAUCUCCUCGCAAGACGACUUCCUGCCCACUCAGCUUGAGCACAUGCAUCUUGCACAGUUUAAAGCUGGAGAUAUCAGAGGUGCGGUGCAGACGCUUCGCUCCCUUCUCCUCUUUUACCCGUCUGACAAAGACUCCGCAGACAACCUGCAGCUUUAUGUUGAGACACUAGGGGGAAACAAAGAGUCACAGCCUCCUCAGAUACAGGAGAUAUCUCGCUAUGUCAGGCGCUCAUUGCAGGAGAAGAAGCUGCUGUAUUUCAGUAUGGAGAAUUUAAAUUUCACCUUCAUUGACCCGGAUCUUUGGACUCCCGAGGAUGUUGUCCCCGAAUCCCUCAGGGAAACAUGGAAAGCUGACAAAGAGAAAAUGAAUGAAAAAAUGAAAGAGGAUGAGCAGCAAGAGGAGGUGGAUGACAGCGGCUUUUAUGCAGGUGGUGUAGUCCCUCAAGUGGGUGUGACCAUCACCAUGGACGACCAGCUCCUAAACGGCACCAACCGGGUGGUCCUGGAUGGAGUCAUGACUGACAGAGAGUGUGACAGCAUGUUAAAGUUGGCAGCAGCGGUGGCGUCUGCAGGAGAUGGUUACCGGGGGCGACGGUCUCCCCACACACCUCACGAGACGCUGGAGGGCCUUACCUUGUUACGAGCGUGGAAGCUGGCUCAAGAUGGCGUAGUCAACGAAACUGACGCCAAGUUGUUACACGAACUGGCCGAGAGAGCGCGAAUCCUUCUUCAUUCCUACUUUAGGAGCCCCUCAGGACUUUUUGUCGCUUUCACACACCUGGUCUGCCGGAGUGCAAUUGCAGGUGACCAGGAGGGCAGACUGGACCUGUCCCAUCCUGUCCAUGUGGACAAUUGUCUCUUAGAACCUGACACAAAACAGUGUUGGAAGGAACCACCGGCUUUUAUACACCGAGACCUCAGUGCAAUUCUCUAUCUGAAUGACAAUUUUGUCGGUGGCGAGUUGUUCUUUACAAACAGAGACGCCAAAACAGUGACCGCCACGGUCAAACCGACAUGCGGUCGACUCGUCGGCUUCUCAUCAGGACCAAUAAAUCCACACGGCGUUACCGCGGUAACUAAAGGACGGCGGUGUGCGCUGGCUCUGUGGUUCACCAAGGAGAAGUUGUACAGGGACAUGGAGCGAGAGGAAGUAGAGACGGCGUGGGCCGCUGACGGACAGGCCGUGACCACGACGGAUGAAAAAGAGGAGCCGAAGAACACUCGCAAUCAAGCGCCAGCUAAGACAGCCAGCAGAGGGAGAGGACGGGUGACAGCGGGCAAAGAUGAACUGUGAGCCUGACAAAAGUGGAUUUCCUCUCAAUGGAACUUGUCUACCAAUGAAACUAAUUUAUAAGAGAAGAACGAUACACUUUAUGUGUUAUCAUAACUGAAGUUGAGUAUCAGGUUUUCAGUCUACAUUUGUCUUUAAUGCUGUAUGAACAGUAUGAACCCUGUUCGCUUUUAGUGAUAUUUGACACAAGAUUUUCCCAGUUUCUAAGGUCAAAGUUAUAUCAUCGUAUAUUUUAAGUGAAGUUUGGAAACUUUGGGGUAUUUUUCGCUCUAUGUAAAAUAGAUUUUUAAAUCAUAUGAAUGUGAUCCAAGUCGGCUGCUGUAGCUAAAUUUAAUGUCAAUGUCAAGUGAAUUGAUUUGUUCUAUGGUCAUAUUGUCACUUUAAAAAAAACCUGUCAUACAUGUACUUUUAAAAAACUUAACCGCUGUUUAAUAAAACUACAUUUAUCUAAAAAAAAUGCAGAACAAACACAGAAUUGAAAGAUAACAUGGAGGUGUUUGCAGAGCAAUACGUUUACCUGGUUUGAAGAGUAAACAUUCUCUGCCUGUAAAAUGUGUGUGUAGCCGACUGACAAGUUGGUAAUUGUAUUGCUUGUACUCACCCGUCCAAAGGCAAAACCCAGUAACUCAAUUUUGGUCAAAACUGAGCUGAUAAUAAUUUUGGAGUUCUUAGGUGAUAUCCUUUACAUUAGUGUAUGCGAUAUUGUAAUUUGUUCCGUAAGUAAGCUGUUACGCGCAUGGCAGGACCUAGCAACUACCACAAAACCGCAUAGAUACAACAGAAAAACCUAGUAUCUAAAGGGACCAAUGGGAGCUUCUUUGUCAGUCGCCUUAUUGUCUUUAAUGAGACAUUUGCAGGAAUGGGGGCCGACGGUCAACCUGAUUAUGUGAUAUUUGGAAGAUUGGCCCAGGACGUUGCAAGCACCUUCAUUAAAUGUAUUCUUCUUGAUUCUUCCCCUUGCAUACUCUUUUGGGCAGAUAACUGUGGAGGUCCAAAUAAAAACUGGACGCUGCCCAAUGUGCAAACGCAGAAUGGGGCCCACCCGAGAUUGUGAUCAAAUAUCUGGAGAAAGGGCACACGUUCAUGAGAGCAGAUUCAAUCCAUGGCUCAAUCGGCAAGAAAAUGAAAGCUGAAGAAAACAUCUAUACGUUUGAUGACUUUGUAGAUCUUUGUAAGACAGCAUCAAGAUAGAUUGCUUUUCGUUUGUUCUCUCUAAAUCAGCUAGAAGUGAGUUACUAGGUUUUGCCUUUGGACGGGAGUACUGUUCUGAGCAGCUCAAUCCUUUGCAUGAAGUUCCAUUUGUUUCUAUGGUUAUCAUCACACUUUUUCCUCUUUGCUUUUUUUCUGUGAUUGCAAAACAACAACACAAAGGCAAAGGAAAAAUGCAUAAUCCUACAUGUUUCUCUGGCAUCUUUUUAUUAGGUGUAUAGUUUUGUUAUUUCAGUUUUAUUAUACAGUGGUUAAUUUAUUUUUAAGACUUGCAGGACAGCUUGAGAUGUUAAAGAUGUUACAUCAUUGCUUUUACAGUUAAUAAAGGUGACAUGUUUCUCUGGCCUCUUUUUA